AUGAAGGUUUUAGCACAGUUUAAGACAAUCCCUAAUUAUGUUGAUUUCUGUUUGCCAGAAUUAAAAUCCUUGAUUGCUAUGCACAAUCUCGAUUGGAGAGAGGUUUUUAAGCACGAAUUUGUAUAAGAAGGUCAAGAAAACUUAACUAACAAUAAUGACUUGAUUAACACAAGUCCCUACUACCCUUACAUGUACCACUAGAACAAGAAAUUAAACCAAAAGAAAUAGUUAUUACCCAUUAGCGCCUCUGAAAUUCGUCAUACAAGCUUCAGACGUUUUCCUUUCGUGUAUUUGGAAUUCCCUAAUGUAGAAAUAUGCCAAUAGAUUAUUUAGCGUUCAAUUUUGAUUGAUGUUUUCAUAGAAAUAAUUUCUGAAGCAACUAAUUAUGAAGAUAUAGUUAAAUUUGCAGACAAGGAAAUUCUAUUUAAGCACAAUUAGGAAGAUUAAAAGAUUCUAUUCGAAGUUGAUCCCUAUAAUUCCCAUCUUACAUAAUAGGAAAUUAUAGAUCGUAUUGAAAUCAUUACAGAAUCUCUUAACAUGAGGGGUAAAAUCGACCUUAAAAACCCCUAAAAGAAAUUCUGGAUCAUGGAAAGACAUGUUGAUCCUUUUACUAAAUAGACUGAUAGCUCGAUUACUAACACUUUGCUUGACAUUUACUUUGGUGUUGAAAUUGGAAGAUCUAAAUCUUGCACUCGUAUCUCUCAAAAAGAAAACUAAACUAACAAAUAUGACUUGAGAUAGAGAGCCUAUCUUGGACCUACUUCUACAGAUAACAUUCUUUCCUUCUUAAUGUGCAACUAGGGUCUUACUAGAUCUGGAGAUAUGAUCUUAGAUCCUUUUGUAGGCAGUGGAUCACUUAUUAUUCCACCCUCCCACUUUGGCGCUAUUUGCUUUGGUGGUGAUUUAGAUCCUAGAGUGCUUCAUGGAUUUGGAGUAGGACGCUUAAACAAAAAGUCAUAAUUCUACUAAAAAAAUGAGGAAUAUUGCAAGGAAAUGAAGCCAAAAAUUAUGCUUAAUUUCGAAUAGUAUGAAUUAAAUAAGCCAAAUAUUAUUCGUAUGGAUUGCAUAAAUACAAAUUUAAGAGAAGUUGAAAUAUUUGAUGCAAUCAUUUGCGAUCCUCCUUACGGUUUCCGUGCCAUGACUAGAACUGCAGGAAAGAAAGAGAAGAAGAGAAAUAGAAAAGAUAAGCAAAGCACCAAUGCUAAUACUUAAGAAGAUGAAGCUUAACAUGAAGAAGAUGAUUAAUAAACUGGAUCUCCUCUUCUAAAGCAGACUGAGUAAGCUAAAAUAGUAGAAGAAAUAUCAAAUUAAAUGAAUGGAUUAGAUAUUGAAGGAAAAAACACUCAACCUAAAAAUGAAGAAGAAGAAAAAAAAAAUAAUGAAAACGGCGAAGAAAGACAUUCAUACGCACCAACUCUUACAGUAUCAGUUGAUUACAUUGUGAAUGGUCUCGUUAGAUUAGCUAACAGAGUCCUAGCUCCUGGAGGUAGAUUAGUAUUCCUAUAUCCUAUUGAAAGAGAACAUUACAAUUCAACAGGCAUAGAAAAAUUAAACUAUCCAAACUUCACUCUCGUUGAUUAUUCAGAGAAUCCCCUAAGCGAAAAGAAAAGUAGAAUUUUGGUAACACUUCAAAAGAACAAAUCAGUUAAGGAAUUUUUAGAAGAAGCAGGAUACAAGAAUCUAGAUGAGAUGAACGAAUAAAAUUAAUUUUAAAAUUAAACAGAUUAAUAAUAAUAAUAAUAAUAACAAUAAACUUAAGCUCAGUGA